AUUAUAUCAUUUAUGGACAGAUCUUCGAUUAAUCGUUCUCCUUUGAACACUAGUACAAGUAAAUAAAUGUACACUUUUCCAAAAGCGAAACGUUGGCUUGAAGUAAAAGAUAAUCUGUAAGUGGAUAAAUUAAUUUGUCUAUAUAGUUGUCCUCCAAUAUAUUAAUUACCCACAACUUUAAGUAAAAGAGGAGCAGGGAUAGGAUUUGGGAAGAAAACGAAUAUGACACAGGAAACUAUUACACCUGGGCCAAAUUACUAUACAGUUUAAAAGAGCCAAGAGCAAGGAUGGACAAUGGGAUUAGGAAGGGAAGUAAUAAUACGGGUUAACUUAUUAAAAAUAGCAUGCAAAUAAAUAUGAGAGUAUAUUUUUGGGGCUAGUAUAAAAUACACCAGGACCAGGAACAUAUAAAUUUAAAGAUGGUAUAUCUCCGGUUCGUUACAGUAUGAGAUAAAGAUUUUCAACUCGCAAUGAGAUAGAAACUAAACCUGGACCGUAUGGGUAAUCAUAUAUUUUAGUGGUCAUUACAAUUUACCAAGCAGUAUUAAUAGUAAAGGGAUAUAUGCUCUAAGUUAAUAUAGAAAGUAUAAAUAAAAUGAUAAAUAAAUUUAAAGCUCUGGAGCUGUUUUAUUAUCACCUCCUAAAAAUAGUUCAGAGAGNUAUUAUUUUAUUUUAAUUUUAAUAAUGCAACGAUAGAUUUCUUUAUUUCUACCAUUAUGUUAAUAUGUUCAAUAAUUAAUUAGGUAAUUUUUUAUAAGAAAUGUUAAGGCAUCUAGAAGUAAUUCACAUUUAAAUUUAAAUUAAUUUAUCUUUUUGAUUUUGGCUAAAGAAUAUGAAAAAUCUAAUAACAAAGAUAUGGGUAUCAUCCAUAUAGAUUCGUUAGAUAAAUUUAUUCUAAAAUACUUUAAAUUAGAAUAAUUAUUUUUAAUCAAACUAAGAGAUUUUAAUUUAUGUAAAAAUAUUUCAUUUUAGAGAAGAAUAGGAAUUUCUGAAUAAAUGGAAUCAGAAAUAGUAUUAAUUUUAUUGAGAUUUAUAAACAAAUUAGAAGAAGAAAAUUUUAAGGAUACUUGA